CUGUUGUAGACAACCGUAGUAAGUCGAUCACUAUGGAGUUCAACGGUGGUACCAGCUCUGUCCGGUUUGUUGCCACAACGAGUGGAAGUAACUGAGUACUCGUAGACUGGUGUAAUUGUAGCUCUCAAAGGUUGUUGGAUUCCAGUGAAGAGAGCUUCAUCUGUGCGAACCUCACAGGACUCGGAUGUUUUGAGCGUCUCUGCAACAUUGGCUAGCUGGUAGCACGCUAUCUGACAUCUACCGUGAGGUGCUAGCAACCCUGCGGAGCUCCCUAGCCAGCCUUUCGGCAGGUUAGCGGGCAGCAGGAGGUCCCCGGGUGAUGUUGUCCGUAAUCUCUUACGGUAGACUGGUUGCCAGGGCUGUCAUCGGCGGUCUUUCCCAAACAGAUAGCCGCGAUUACAGCCUUGUGACAGCAAGCUUUGGAUUUGGCAAGGAUUUUCGCAAGGGGAUUCUGAAGAAAGGGAUGUGCUAUGGAGACGACGCUUGCUUCAUUGCACGACACAGAUCUGCCGAUGUGUUAGGUGUGGCAGAUGGCGUUGGCGGUUGGCGUGACUACGGUGUGGACCCCUCCCAGUUCUCGGGCACGCUGAUGAGGACAUGUGAGCGUCUGGUGAAGGAGGGGCGCUUCGUGCCCAGCAACCCCGUGGGCAUACUGACCACCAGCUACUACGAGCUCCUGCAGAACAAAGCCCCUCUCCUCGGUCAGUGUGUGUGUGUACGCGUGCGUGUGUACAUGCGUGUGCGUGUGCAGGACUAUAUGUCAGUAUAUACAUCUAUGUGUGAGAGAGGGUGUGUGUCAGGAAACAGCAGCAAAGACUCUCUGUGUGUGUGUGUGGGUGUGUGUCCGUACGGUGCUGCGCUGCUGAACUUUGCUUUUUAAGCUCUCGAGGAACACAGCAAUGCUGAUAGAUAAGCGCUCUGAACUGCUUAGUGGACAGUCUGCACCCAUGACUGUAUAUAGACACACACACACGAACGACUGUAUAUAGUCAUGGCUUUGCACUCUGCACACAACCACACUCGGGUGUGUGUGCGCCCAAAACAGUUCAGCACCGAAGAGGCUCAGCCUUGACGGCUCAGCCUUGGAGGUAAACACAGAGCUAAAGCACUAAAUGAGUCUCCUCUCUCAAAGUAGAGGAGGUGAAGAGAGGAAUGCUGAGGAGGUGAAGAGAGGAGGGCUGCAUAGGGCUGAGGAGGUGAAGAGAGGAGGGCUGCAUGGGGCUGCAGUAUACAGGCUUCACACUGGAUAAGAACGUAGAGGGAACGAGAAGGGGAUAAACAGACUGAGGGUGAAAGACAGGCUACACACACACACACACACACACACACACACACACCAGCAACCGCAUUAUGAGUCACCAGUAGCUCCCCACAGACUGGCGUGAGUUUAGGACUCGGGGCGAUACUCCGCCAAGCAGCCGCACGCACCC